AUGUUUAAGUUAUCUCCUAGGAGGAGUCAAAGAUCUAAAGGCUUCAAGGUGAAGCAUGCUUUACAAAUAUGUGUUCUUGUUGGUGUUUGUAUUUGGUUGGUUUACCAAAUUGGACACUCUCGCCAGAAAAAAGUGUCCUAUGUAGAGAAUACAAAAACUGGCCAUGAGGUUAUUAAGUUAGGGAGGAAGAACCUCAAUCCUCAUGUGAAGGAAACUUCUGUUAUAGAUGCCAGACACAAGGAAGACGAGGAGGAAGAUGAACAAGACAAUAAGCAUGAAGAUCCAACCAAAUUGGAUGAUGUUAAUGUCGUGGAUGAUGAUUCUGAGCAUAAAGAGGAUUCCGGAGUAGACCAAGAGAGUGAAGAGAGUUCUCAAAAUGCUAAAACUGACACUGAAGGUGAACAGCAUGUGGAGAAAGACGAUGAAGAGAAUGAGAAUGCAGACAACAAGGAGAGUGAAAGUGUGGUGAAAAAGAAUAAGGAUAUAAAAGAUGAAGUUGAGGAGGACAAAGAAACGGGUGAAGUUAGUGAGGAAAAGAGUAAUUUAGAGAAUGGAGAGAACAAAGAGGAGGAAAAGAGUAAUUUAGAGAAUGAAGAGAACAAAGAUGAGGAAAAGAGUAAUUUAGAGAAUGAAGAGAAGAAGGAGGAGGAAAAGAGUGAUUCAGAGAGCAAAGAUGAAGAAAAGAGUCAUUUAGAGAAUGAAGAGAACAAAGAUGGAGAGAAGGACAAAGAAACUGGAGAAAUUAGAGAGGAAAAGAGUCAGCAAGAUAAUGAAGAGUCAAGUGAAGUAGAUUCCAAAGAUAAGGAGAGUGAAGAAAGCAAGCAGAAUGGAACUGAUGCGAAGGACCAAGUGGAGGAAAAUCACAAGCAAGAUAGUAAAGAAGGAACGGAGGAGAACAGUGGAACAGAAGAGGAGAAAGAAGAACAUAAGAUUCAGAAAGAGACUUCAUCUGAAAAUCAGGUUCAGGAUGGCGAAAAGAACAAUGAGGCCAGGGAGGAAAAUUAUGCUGGAGAUAAUGCCUCCAGUGCUGUAGUAGAUCAUAAAUCGGAAGACAAUUCGAAAGAAAAUGAUAAUAACAAAGAAGAGCAGGUUGACAAAAAAAAGGAUACAAAUGAGCCUGAGCUGAAUUCUCAGAAAAAUAGUGAUGAAACUACCGAAUCCACUGAUUCUACUGCUACAGGAAACAGCCAGGGAAAUGAGAGUGAGAGUGAGAAUGAUCAGGCACAGACCCAGAAUGAUUCACAGAAGAGUUCUGUGUCAGAGUCAGAUAAACCAAAGCAGGAGCAGAACAACGACACCAAGGAUGAUGUACUAAAGGAAGAUUCAUCGUUGCAGAAUGGGAAUGACUCAACUGAAAAACAGAAUGAAACAUCAGAAGAUGAAAAUUCUAAGGAAGACAAUUCCAGCACACAAAAUACAACACCAAAAACUGAAGAUUCUAAGUCAGAUGCUGCUGGGGAUCAGGCUGAUUCCACAACUAAAUCUUCGUCGGAAACUCAAGACGGCAAUACAAAUCAUAGUGAAUACAAGGACACCAGUAAUGAAAACCCAGAAAAGAAUUCUGGCCAAGAAGGAGCACAAGAAAGUGGUUCAUCAUCCAACACAGUUGAUAACAAAGAUGCUACUGGCGAGGAGGCUCAACUCACUACCUCUGAUGCAUCAUCAGAACAAAAGAAAGAUGAAUCCUCAAGUAAUUCCGAAUCUGCACAGAAUAACAAUGCAAACUCGAGUCAAAGCAACACGAACAAUGAUGAAAGUGUUAAUGACAACAAAGAUUCUAGCCAGGUCAAUUCAUCUGAACAAAGUGAAGAGGGAAACACAAACUCGGAAAACAACAGUGAUUCUAACCAGAACGACUCAAACAAAAAUGAAAGUACCAAUGACGGUGGAAAUGCCUCAAAUGAUGCCAAUGAGAACGAGAACGCUGCUCAGAACAAAACUAGUGAAAAUGAAGGUGAGGCUCAAAAUGAAUCAGUGGAUUCAAAAAAGGAGAAUGAGGAAUCUUCUCCCAGCGACGGAGAUAGCAAUUCUAACUUGAAUGAUCAGGGAAGUUCUGAUACUUCAGUUGCACAGGAUGAUAAAGAAUCCCGCGUAGAUUUGGAAACGUUACCAGAACGCAGUGGUGAAAGCAGUCGCAAUGAUGUUUCUUCUGCAGAAUGA